UUCUUUUAUUUUUUCUGUGGGAGCCUGAAUCUUCCCAUAUCAGAAUCACACAGAUUUCAUCCUAGCCACUCUUUUGUUCACUUGGUUUUGUUUUGAGACAGGGUCUAUUAAGUCUUUGAAGAUGAUCACCUGAGUGUUCCCUAGUCACCAAGGUAAAUAGGUGACUAAAUCUAUAUUUAUUAACAGUGACAUUUGAGGUAAAAAAAAAAAAAGAACCAUGUUGUUGUACUAACAAGGAAUACACCCCAGGCUGGCUGUAAUGCUUCUUGCUAGAUGAGCUUCAGUGUAUUACCUGACAUAUGCCACUGGGGCUACCCACGAAAGCAUAUAGAAAACCUGCAUAACUCAACUGAGUCUAAAUAAGAACUCUUUUUGUUCAUCCCUGAAGAAGCCAAAGUGAGGGUAGUGUGCAAACAGGGUGAAUACACAAGGGAAUUAUAUGCCCUCACUGCAAGGAGUGCUCAAGGGAGUGCGGGACAACGUUACAUGGAUCCUCUGGUGAACCCACAGAAGAGCUCUCAGAAUCUCUUUGGAACAUGUGAUUGUCCAGUGCAUUGGACAUAAGAAGGGGAAAUGUGACAGAGAUGGCAGUCAUAUGACGUCAGAUCCCUGGAGUGGUCUACAACAUCGUUGCCUAGGAAUUCACAGCAUUUAGGGAGUUUGGAUGUGGAACAAGAAUCCUACUGCACAAGCCCCAAGACCAGCAGUGUAGCUCAUCUGGCAGAGUUCUUUCACUGUCUGUCAGUGAGGCGACACUCCUGGACCCUCACUGUAGGCCUUGAAAGCAGAGGCAGAAAGUCCCUCUGGGACACAGUCUAGUGGCUGAAAGAAAGUGUCCAGAUUUUUCUCUGAUACCCAUUGUAGAAAUAUAAUAUUCUUUGACACUUGCUUCCUCUUGUGAAAACUUUUGGACUCCGUAAGGUCAAGUAUAUUUCUCCAUAACUACUUCUAAACUCACAUUGUCUGAUUCUGCCCAAGAGAAAGAUCAUAGUCUCUUCUUAUCUGGAAAACAAAUAGGCAUCUCAAUAAUGGCUCCAUUGUUAUUGUUCUCAAAAGUUCGUCACUGUCAGGGAGUGUACUUUCUUAAUGAAUGUGAGUACAUGUCCUCCUUGGGGGGUGGGGGAGGUAUCCUAGCUCCCACAGUUCUCCUCUUCUCAAAAUUAGAAGAGCACUGAGUUGAAGCUCCUGGAUUGCCCUGGGCUGGGUUCCCCCAUGGCUCCUGCGAAGUGUCCAGCCUCCCUUCCUCUGUGUGUGUGUCUGCUGUUGGCCUCUGGCUUUGCCCAGGCAGGCAGGCUGCUGGUGGUGCCCAUGGACGGGAGCCACUGGUUCACCAUGCAGAUGAUUGUGGAGAAACUCAGCCACAGAGGGCACGAGGUGGUAGUAGUCAAACCAGAGGUGAGCUGGCAACUGGGAAAAUCACUGAAUUUUACAGUGAAAAUUUACUCCGUUUCUUACACUCUGGAAGAUUUGAACCACCACUUCAAUUUUUUUGCUCAAACUCAAUGGAAAACUCAAGAAGUAGGAAUGUUUGCUCUACUAAAGAAUUCAGGCAAAGGUUUCUUUGACUUAUUAUUUUCACACUGUAGGAGUUUGUUUAACGACAAGGAGUUAGUGGAGUACUUGAAGCAGAGUGCUUUUGAUGCUGUGUUUCUGGAUCCUUUCGAUGUGUGUGGCUUAACUGUUGCCAAGUACUUUUCACUCCCAUCUGUGGUCUUCAGCGGAGGAAUAUUUUGUCACUACCUUGAAGACGGUGCCCAGUGCCCCAGUCCCCCGUCUUAUGUUCCAAGAUUUCUCUUAAAAUUCACAGACACCAUGACUUUCAAGGAGAGAGUGUGGAACUAUCUCUCCCACAUGAAGGAGCGUGCAUUUUGCCCCUAUUUCUUCAAAACUGCUACAGACAUUGCCUCUGAAGUUCUCCAGACCCCAGUGACUAUGAGAGACCUCUUCAGCUCAGUGUCCAUUUGGUUGUUUCGCACUGACUUUGUGCUGGACUUUCCCAGACCUGUCAUGCCCAACAUGGUCUACGUUGGUGGACUCAACUGCCAGCAGGGGAAGCCACUUUCUAAGGUAUGUUAUAUCUUCUUUAGCACAUGAGGAGAGCCCUGGCUUUGGACAGUGAAGUUAUUCCUUGCUGAGCUGUGGUUUGUCAUUUUCAGUUCU